UGAAGACUGAAGAUAACCAUUUGAAACAAUUUGAUUGGCGGACUAUACACACAGUGCGUUACAGUAGCCAGCACCUCAAGAGGCAAUGAUGGAUAUAUUUAUGUGAUUGUGUAUUGGUGGUCUCUGUUAUCUAAAUUUUGAUAAAUUUUUUCUUCAAUCGGGUUCUAAAUUCAUUCUCAUUAGUGAGGAAUAUGUUGAAUCCAAACGAAGAUACUGAAUGGAACGAUAUUUUACGUCAGAAAGGGAUUUUACCACCGAAAAAGAUUGAACCUGAAGAAGAAAUCCCUCUACCUCCAGAUCCAAAAUCUAUUUUAGAUAAAUUGACAUCGGAUGAGUUAGAUGAGAAACUUGAUUUAUUGGAAGAUGGAGAGAUUGAUGAUGAAGAGGCUCGUUUUCUUGAAGAAUAUCGACGUAAACGCAUUGCGAUGAUGCAGGAGGUGGCAUCAAAAUCUCGUUUUGGUAAUGUACGGGAAGUCACCAAAGCUGACUGGACAACCGAAGUGACAAAUGCUGGUGAUACAUUUGUUGUAAUCCAUAUUGGGGAAAAAGGGCAUGGAUUAUGCAGUUUAAUUGACCAACAUUUUCGUAAAUUAGCACAAAAAUUUCCCACAGUGAAAUUUCUUCGUGGUGAAGCUAGCUUAUGUAUUCCAAAUUAUCCAACAAGCAACUUACCAUCAAUUCUUAUCUAUAAAUCUGGUGAUUUAAAAGAACAGUUAAUUGGUCCUGAAGCUGUUGGUGGAAAUACGGUCACUGUGAAAGAAUUAGAAUGGCAUUUAGCCAAACUAGGCGUAUUAGAGUCGAAAUUAACUAAAGAUCCAUCGAAAAGAAUGAAUAUUAAACUGGCUCAUAGUAAUCGUAUCAAACAUAUAGGUGGUGAAUUGUCUGAUGACGAUGAGGAGGAUCAUGAGACUGACGAUGAUGAUAAUUAAAGAUAAUUUACAAUAGAGCAAUUGAUAUGAUUUUCUUGGCUCAUGCUCAAAAUAUUGCAGUCUUCUUUCCUUUUCGCGCCAAAAUACUAUUUGUAUGUGUAUACUAAGUUAUUGUUUUUCAAUUAUUCUUUCUAUGUUUCCUACAUAUAUUGGGGUUUCCAAUUUUAACAAAUUGUGGAUUAAAUUCAUUCUGCCCUUAAAUUAGUUUGCUUAUAUUGAAUUGAUGUGCUUCGAAUAAUUAUAAUAGGAUUCUAAUCUCUCUGUUACUAUUAUGAAUUAUUGGUUGGUCUCUUUUUGCACAUGUGACGCCUUAGCAGAUAAACUGGAUAUUGACAUAAA